ACAGUCCCGAGCCCACAUCAUCGCCCAGGAGCUGCUGUCCUCAGAGAAAGCAUACGUGGAGAUGCUCCAGCACUUGCAUCUGGGUUUUCACGGAGCUGUCACCCGGGCUUUGGACGAGAUGGACCAAGAAGGCAGGGACGGGUCAUCCAGGGAGGAGCUGAGGCGCGGCCUGAGCGGACUCCCCGCCAUCCUCGAGCUGCACCAGGGGCUCCUGGAGGAGCUGGGGGAGCGGCUGCUGCACUGGGAGGGCCAGCAGAAGGUGGCCGACCUCUUCCUGGCCCGGGAGCAGGGCUUCGACCACCACGCGGCUCACAUCCUACAGUUCGACAGGUGCCUGAGCCUGCUGGGGGAGAACUGCCUGCACUCGCCCCGGCUGGCUGCUGCCGUCCGCGAAUUUGAGCAGAGUCUGCAAGGAGGCGGCCAGAACGCGAAGCACCGGCUGCUGAGGGUGGUUCAGCGGCUCUUCCAGUACCAAGUGCUCCUCACAGACUAUUUAAAUAACCUUUGCCCGGACUCCGCUGAGUACGAGAACACACAGGGUGCACUGACCCUCAUCUCCAAAAUCACAGACCAUGCUAAUGACAGCAUGGAGCAAGGGGAAAACCUGCAGAAGCUGGUCCACAUCGAGCACAGUGUUCGGGGCCAAGGGGACCUCUUCCAGCCAGGACGGGAGUUUCUCAAGGAAGGGACGCUGAUGAAAGUCACAGGCAGGCACAGACGCCCGCGGCACCUGUUUCUGAUGAGUGAUGUGCUCCUGUACACGUAUCCCCAGAAGGAUGGGAAGUAUCGGCUGAAGAGCGCGUUGGCAGUGGCCAGCAUGAAGGUCAGCCGCCCCGUGAUGGACAAGGUGCCGUACGCCCUGAAGAUCGAGACCCCCGAGGCCUGCCUGACGCUGUCCGCCAGCUCCUGUGCGGAGAGGGACGAGUGGCACGGCUGUCUGAGCAGAGCCCUCCCCGAGGACUACAAGGCCCAGGCGCUGGCUGCCUUCCACCACAGCGUGGAGAUACGAGAGAGACUGGGGGUCAGCCUUGGGGAGAGGCCCCCCACCCUAGUGCCCGUCACCCACGUCAUGAUGUGCAUGAACUGCGGCUGCGACUUCUCCCUCACCCUGAGGCGCCAUCACUGCCAUGCCUGCGGCAAGAUUGUGUGCAGGAACUGUUCGAGGAACAAGUACCCUCUGAAGUACCUCAAGGACCGGAUGGCCAAGGUCUGUGACGGCUGCUACGGUGAGCUGAAGAAGAGGGGCGGGGACGUCCCAGGCCUGAUGAGAGAGCGGCCAGUGAGCAUGAGCUUCCCCCUGUCCUCACCCCGCUUCUCCAGCAGCGCCUUCUCGUCCGUCUUCCACAGCAUUAACCCCUCGACCUUCAGGAAGCAGAAGAAGGUCCCGUCGGCCCUGACUGAGGUAAAGCAGAGAGGACCCUGA